AUAUUUUCAUGUUUACUUGUGGUGUUUGUAAUAAAAGAUUUGGCCGUUUAACGAGUCUUAAAAAUUAUAAAAAGGUUCACAAAAACAACUAUUAUAUUGAAAAUGAAUCUGGUACUAGUACCGACACUAGUACUGACACUUACAGUUCUGACAAUAGUGACCUGAUAUCUGAUAAUCAAGAAGUUGAUCAUGAAUCUAACCUAGCAGUUGAUAUUCAAAGCAUAUCUGAUGAAUCAAAUCUAAUACUUAACAAUGAAGAAAUUGACAAUGAUGAAUCUAAAAUUGACAAUAAUGAAUCUACUUCAAUGCUUGAUAUUCAAAGCAUAUCUGAUGAAUUGAAUCUAAUACUUGACAAUGAAGAAAUUAACAAUGAUAAACCUACUUCGAUGCUUGAUAUUCAAAGCAUAUCUGAUAAAUUAAAUUUAAUACCUGAUAAUCAAGAAAUUGACAAUGAUAAAUCUACUUUGAUGCUUGAUAUUCAAAGUACUUCUAGAACAAAUUUAAUAUUCAACAACCAGGAAAUUAUUAAUGAAGUUAAUUCAAUAUUCAAUGACGAAGAAAUUUUUAAUCAAAGUUUUAUUUAUGAGUCUAGCGAAAUAUUUAAGAGAAAUAUAUUAGAAAAUGAAAAUAAUGAGUUCAUUGAUGAAAUUAAUGAAUCUCAGAAUAAUAAUAGUGAAUAUAGCGAUAUUGAAGAUAGUUCAGACUUUUCCAGCAAUGCAUAUCAGGAUUUUAUUAAUAUAGUAAUCAGAUAUAAGCUUUUAUAUAUGGCUGGUGAUGCAAUAUUAACAUUCAUAAAAAGACAUAGUCAAAUAAAGGAUAAAACAUAUUUAUUCGAAUAUAGACCUAUUAUUUCAGCAGUUAAAGAAAUACUUCAACAUCAAGAAAUUGUGACAAGCUGUAUAUUUGAUUAUGAAAAAGUUUACAUAUCAGUUGAGGCAA